GAAGUCAAAACUAGGGGGGUGGCAGAUUUACGAUCUUAUCCGGCGGUGUCCUUUAAUAUCUCAAUGAAUGAGCAUCUUUUGUUUUUCGCUGCAGAUUUCAAGUUCAUUAUUAAAUAGAUCGAUAGGCAAAAUUCGAUUAAUUUAUUUUUGAAUAAAUACUGAAAGAUGAGUUGAAAAUUCACUGAAUCGGCUCAUGAGCACGAUCUCUUUCACGUUUUUUUUUCUUCUCUUAGCGAGUCAUAUAAUUAGUUUCCUCGUAGGAUAAUAAAAGACUUCAAAAUAUAAGUUUUUUUUGUAUGUUUAGAUGUAGUAGAAGGAUUGGACAUCUCAAAAAGUAAGUUAAAUUUUCUUUAACUUUAAAAAGAAAAACAAACAUGAUUGGUUUAAGAUGAUGAACAUUCAACAGAUAUCAAUCAUGAUCUUAUUGAUACUGUUGUAUUUGACGGAACAACGAAAUCUAUUGAGGAUCAACAUAUAAAUGAAGAAGAAGAGAAACGUAAACAAAAACUAUACAGAAAAAUUGUUGGUGAAUGUCCAUUAACAUUUAAUGGAGCAUAUGGUCUUACUAAAGCAAAUCAUUCUAUUGAAUUUUGUGACUAUGGAAAAAAUCAUCGAAUCCAAUUAUAUAAUCAUUUCAUCAAGAAACAUAAAUUAAAAGAAGUUUGUGCUCAACGUUUGGUACAAGCUAUUAUCGAUAAUCAAGGUUCUAGGAUGACAAAAUUAUUUGAUGAAAAUGAAAAUGUAAUUGAUCAAUCUUAUAAUGUCCUAUGUCCUUUUACUAAUGGGCAAAUUAAUUUACCAGGAAAUAGCCAACAUCGUGGAACACGUAUACCAUGUCGACGUCGUGUAGUUCCACUUAAUGUAUUAAAAUGUCAUUUACAAUAUCAUCAUAAUAUUUCUAAUCUGUUGGCACAAAAAUUAGUUGAUGGUUUCAAAGAAAUUCGAACAAAAAAAUGA